UGAGGAUUCCUUCCUGUUCAAACUUCCUGAUUCACCGCUGCGGCUCCUCUGAAGAGUUUUCCCAGAUUCAUGAUGAAAUAAGUUUCAACAGAAGAAACCAACUGUAUUUCAUGGAACAAACUUUAAGACAGCCAACAGACACACUUCGGACUCUAUGAUUCGACCAAAAACAACGACAUUAAUUAAUCCACCGCCAAAUCCUGAAACAUGGAGGACCCAAACAUACAGCGUAAGAUGUCAACAGCAGGAGAAAGCCUGUACAAAGUCCUGGGCCUGGAGAAAGGAGCAUCUCCAGAAGAAAUAAAAAAGGCAUACAGGAAACUGGCAUUGAGGCAUCAUCCUGAUAAAAACCCAGACAACCCAGAAGCUGCUGAGAAAUUCAAAGUGAUCAACAACGCCAACUCCAUCCUCAGUGAUGAGAACAAACGGAAGAUCUACAACGAGUAUGGAUCCAUGGGGCUCUACAUGUCGGAGCAGUUUGGUAACGAUGACGCCAGAGUAUACGCCCUCAUGUCCAAGUGCUGGUUCAAGGCACUUCUUGUGUGCUGCAGUAUUUUCACCUGCUGCUGCUGUUUCUGCUGCUGCUGUUUCUGCUGUGGAGCGUGCGCAACGUCAAAAGAAGGACAAGAUUUCACUCAUAUGGACCCCGAGGACCUAGAGGCAGAGAUCAGAGAACAGGAUGCAGCAGGAGACGAUGUAAUAAUUAUUCAGCCAAGCGCUAGUGCCGCCACUGACAUAUCAGGUAAAGUUGUCACCUCUUCAAGUAAAGUCUUAGCUUACUGCUGCUCUGCGUUGCUUGACUUAUCUGUCACAACUUGAAGUGUUUCACCGUGGAGGAGUUCAUGUUUUGGCUUCUAACACCAGCGUGCACUGUGUGUUUUCCAAAUCACAUACUAACAUUUUACUUAGUUGCAUUAAUACCUUCCUACAAAUCCAGGAUGCAACUGAAAGCAAAUAUUGUACUUUUUACUGCAUUACAUGUGACUGACAGCUUUAGUUA